UCCGAAAAUUACAAAGAAAAACGUUCUGCGAAAUGAAGGUGUUGCUAAUUUCUUUUUUUCUAGUUAGCCUCUCAGUUCUGGCGACUUCGGAGCGGCCCGUAGUAAAAGCCUCAAAAGAAUGUGCCAAGGUCAACCAAAUUCCUACAGAAGAUGCCUUGCAUAUUAUGAAAAGUUACAAAACGAAAAAUAAGACCCAUAAGUUAAAGUGCUUCAUAAAAUGUGUCUUCGAGCGAUCACCCGUAUUGGACGUUAUAAGGAAGAGGUUGAAAGGGCAAAAACAAAACUGUGAUUCCAUCAAAGAUGCUGAUAAGUGCGAGGAAUCCUUUAAGAAAUUCGAGUGCUUCCUUAAAAUCAGCCAAAAAAUUAAGCAAGAUAAGAAAGGAUAAUGAUAAUGAAACGAUCGACAUCGGAAACUACAAUAUUAUAUAUUUUAUAUUUAUGAAUAUUAAGUGUACAAACCGUAAAAUCGUUCUUAUACGGAAAACGUGUAUCUGAAUAAUUGUUUCUUAAUAUAGGAAAUUACAAAUAUUA